UAGAAAAAGAGAGAGAAAAAAAAGUCCACAUAAAACGAGCAAAUAUCCUUUUCUCAAACAUCAUGGCUGCCCUUUUGUUCUUACUCUUUUUGUCUGCAUUUUCCUUAGCAGCUGCUCGAAUUAGCCCGAGUUCUACUCUUACACCCACUGGCAAGAACUCAUCAUGGUUGUCACCUUCAGGGCUUUAUGCCUUUGGGUUCUAUCCCAUAGGCAAUGGCUAUGCUGUGGGAGUUUUCCUCAAUGGAAUUCCUGAUUCCCUCAGAGGAAUUCCUGAUAAGACCGUAGUAUGGACAGCCAAUAGGGAUAGUGCCAUUCAUCCACUGAAUGUUACACUGGUUCUAACCAAUGAUGGAAGGCUAAUCCUGCAGCAGUCACCAGGCCAAGAAGUAGACAUUGUCAAUCUUGCUGAAGACAAGAUUGCUUCAGCUUCUAUGCUAGAUUCAGGAAAUUUUGUCCUGUACAAUUCUGCUAACAACACCAUAUGGCAGAGUUUUGAUUAUCCAACUGACACCCUUUUACCCACUCAGCGUCUUAUAACUGAUGACGGGCAAGGUCAGGGGCAGCUGUUUUCAAGUGCUUCAGAAAAUGAUCCUUCAACAGGGCCUUUCCGCCUAAUUAUGCAGCAAGAUGGAACCCUGGUGCAAUAUCCUACAGAUGCACCGAGUUUAGAUCCAUAUGCUUACUACUCAUCAUACACUAAUAAUGGCGGGCCGCAUGUGACCCUGAAUCUUGACCCAAAUGGAUAUCUCUACCUGUUGAGGGACAAUGGCACCAUAAUAUUCAAUGUCACUCAAGGAUUCCCCGAUCAGAAAACAAUCUAUCGCGCAACCAUUGAUGUGGAUGGUAUUUUUCGGCUAUAUUCAUAUUCUCUCCAGUACAAAGACAACUGGAUCGUCAGGUAUAACACUACAUCAAAUAAAUGUGAACCCAAAGGCAUAUGCGGACUCAAUGCCUUCUGCAGCAAUGUAGAUACUGACAUCGAAUGUAAGUGCAUUCCAGGAUUCGAUUUUAUUUCUCCAGGUGACCUCAGCUCAGGGUGUCAGAGAAAUUUUUCACAAGAGGGAUGUCAAUCCCCGAAAGAAAUCCUCAGAUUCACAAUGAUGCCAAUACCAAACACAGUCUGGGAAAAUGCUUCAUAUGACACAUUCAAGACAAGCAUAAGACAAGAAUGCGAACAGGCUUGUCUAAACGAUUGCAACUGUGGCGCAGCGUUAUUUGGAGAUGGUGGAUGCAGCAAGCAAAGGCUUCCAUUGAAAUAUGGGAAAAGAGUGCUGACUAAUCCAAAAGUUGCUCUUGUGAAGGUGGGCAUGCCUGGUUCCCCAGUUGGAGGUGGUCCGAGCUAUCCCCAAUUACACCCCAAGAAAAAGUUGCGUCUGGAUAUCUUAAUCAUCAGCAUUUCACUUCUUGUUUUUGCCCUGGUGAUACUUGUAAUUUCUGGGGUUCUUAUUCAUAUACAUCAAUUAGGUGCUCACAAAAACAUGUCCAGAUACAAGAAUGCUGAACCAAUCGGCGAUGUUGCCCCGCGGGCAUUCACCUAUGCAGAACUAGAGCGGGCAACAAAUGACUUCAAAGAAGAGCUGGGACAAGGAGCAUUUGGAACUGUUUACAAAGGUAUGCUGAUGGAUUUCCAGAAGACAGUCGCCGUGAAAAGACUGGAAAAAAUAUUAGCUGAAGGGGAAGCAGAAAGGGAGUUCCAUAAUGAGAUGGCAGUGAUUGGAAAAACACAUCAUCGUAAUCUUGUCCGGUUACUUGGUUACUGUGCUGAUGGACCUAAGAAGCUUCUAGUGUAUGAAUACAUGAGCAGCGGAUCAUUGGCGGAUGUCCUUUAUGCCAAAGAGAACCAGCCCAACUGGGAUGAAGGGAUUAAAAUUGCUUGUGACAUUGCAAGAGGUAUUCUCUACUUACAUGAAGAGUGUGAGACACAAAUCAUCCAUUGUGACAUCAAACCUCAAAAUAUCCUCAUGGAUGAACACAGAUGUGCAAAAAUCUCAGAUUUUGGCCUAGCAAAACUCUUAAAGCAUGAUCAGACCAAAACCUUUACUGCAAUCAGAGGGACAAAAGGCUAUGUUGCACCAGAAUGGCAUAAAAAAUUGCCAGUCACAGUUAAAGCAGAUGUGUACAGCUAUGGGAUUGUGCUGCUCGAGAUCAUAUGUCGCCGAAAGAACAUUGAUUGGAGCUUCCCCGAGGAUCAAGCUAUUCUUGAAGAAUAUGCUUAUGAUUGCUUUGAGGCUCAAGAGUUGCAUAAAUUGUUUGCUGAUGAUGAGCUUGUUAACAUGAGACAACUGGAAAGAAUGAUCAAGAUAGCUAUCUGGUGCAUCCAAGGAGAGCCCUCACUUCGUCCCACAAUGAAGAAAGUUCUGCUAAUGCUAGAAGGGACAGUAGAUAUCCCAAUACCACCAAAUCCUACUUCUUUUCUCAGUUCUACCUAGCACGACAGUUUCUUUCUUUUGUUAUGCUUUGUUCAACUAGUGUCAAAUGUAAUCCAGUAUUAGAUAAAUGUGAUGCAGCAAUAAAAGAAUUGCUUUACAA